AUGGCGGGCUGCACCAAUCUAUCUGCCAUCAACAUCGGAACUCCUGGUUGUGACAUAAAAAGAGACCUGAAGCGCGAGGUCAGCUUCAGUGACCUGAAGCUCACAUCGGUCACUCUCAUGACAGCCCCAGCCUUCUUCGAAAGCACACUCCGUAAAGAAACCAAAAUGCUCAACACAAAAGACUACAACGCCAUGAGUCUCGCUCAGCCUACGAACUUCAAGGCAAUGCUGAACUCCGGGCAAUUUCUUUGGGGUACCGGCUGCCGGAUUCCCCAUCCAGAAGCCGCCCGAAUCAUUGCUGCCACGCCGUUUCAUUUCUGUUUCUUGGAUGCGCCUUGUUCGGACAAUUCAGUACCAGUCGAAUGGUUGCAUGGUACCUUUCGGGCUGGAGCAGGGGGCGUCGUCAUGCCUCACAUUCAGAAUGCCAAACAGGCCGAGGAACUCGUUCGCCUGUGUCGGUUUCCCCCAAUGGGCGACCGCAGUUUUCCUCCUGCGGCCUUGAUUGGCGAACAGCAGAAUCGGACACCGAUAGGGCAAAGCACAUAUGAUGUAUGGGACAGCCAUGUAGCGGUAUUCUGCCAGAUCGAAGACCUUGAGGGGCUGGAAAAUGUCGAGGAGAUCUGCAAAGUCCCUGGGGGUCCGUGCCCUGUAUUCCCUUACUAG